ACUAUGUGACCGUGUAGAAAAUGGUAUGAAGAAUUUAAUAUUUUUCUCCUUUAUGAGCACAAAUCGGUCCCCGAUUCAACGAGGAAAGAAUCAUGAAAGAAAAACACAGACGUCGGAAGGGUAGGACGUGGGCUGAUGCAGCUAAAACGGUGUUGGAGAGACAGACAAAUACACCCAUGAGCUCCAAAGAGAUUUUAAAGAACAUCCAAAAGUCAAACCUGAAGGACAUAAGAAGUGGUAUCGUACCUUCAGCCUGCCUUAACGCUGUUCUUCAUGGCGGUUCACGAGGACCAGAUGGAAUGUUCUACAAAGUUGGAGAUAUGAUGGGAGUUUAUGGAUUAAGGAGUCACUUGCCAGAUGAAGUCAAACUAAUGCUGGAAUUCAGAGUGGAUGACAGUGUAGACACGUCUGGGACCCAGGAUGCAGCUGAGAAUGCAGGUACAGAAAUAGGCAUCUCCAAGCCUGGCGCCAAGAAAAUGCUGUGCUAUCUCCCAGAGAAGGCUCAUAAUAGUGUCCCAGCCCUGCGCCAUUUUACCCUGUCAUCUGCCUCUUCAAGUAGCGCUAUAGCUGGUCACGCCCCAAUGAGAGCAGUCUCAGAAGCAGAAGAUCAUCAUCAUCAUCAUCAUCACCGUGCUAAAGGCCUUAAAGCUACCUCUCAGAUGCAUAGUCCAACCAAGCUCAAGUUCACGUUGCACCACAAACAUCGCCGGAAGCAACAGAUCGUACCUAGGAUUAUUCUAAAGCCGCUCAAGUCCCCGCCAGGAAAAGAACCAAACUAUGCUGCUGAAGUAAUUGAUUUAACGCCAUCUCCGAGUGACAAUGAAAUGGAGCAACAAUCGCUCCCUGAUGACACUGACAAUGACACCGACACUACCAAAGAUGAUAACUCUGAGAACAUCCAGGGACUUAGUGAUAAUCACUCCAGUAGCAGACAGUCCACAGAGAAUACCAACGCUGCCGAUACUCAACCAAGUGUGUCUACUAAUCCACUCGGAUUAAAAGAUAAUCCCACUACUCAUAAUCCUACGAACAUCGGAGAUUCAUUUGUUGGGAGUGUGACGACGAGAAGCCAAAUUACAAGGGAUGAUAAAACUAGUUCGCCUUCUUUGUCCAACAAGUCUGAGCCUCCACCAGCUAGUCGGGUGUCUCAGAGAAUCAGCAUGCGACAGGCUAUGCCUCUACAGACCCAGACAAGGUCCCAGACCAUGAGUAAGCUAAUGGCUAAUGUACCUGGAUUCAGUGGCAAGCCGCGGAACAGGGAGAAGAAGUUUUCAGUGAUUUCUAAACUUCAUCCUCCUAAGAAGAUGAGCCUUCAUGUUGACUUGGAAACGCCCGACUCCAUUCUUGCAAAUGUCAACCUCAAGGCUUUGAUUAAUAAACACACCUUCAAUAGUUUACCUGCACACUACCAGUACAAGUUGUUAACUCUCCUACCUAGAGUCGAUAGAGUUCAUACCAACGACAACUUCAUCAAGAUGUUCCCAUCGGCUCUGGACAAUGAGUUCUUUGCUCGGGCAUGCAGCAAGUGGAGAGAGCGACUCUCUUCGGGAGAGUUUACCCCUGAAUCUCAACAGAGACUUAGACAGGAGAUGGAUAAAGACAGAAACAAGUUGGACCCAUGGAAGGCCAAGCAUUUUGAACCUUCUUGGGGUCAGUCCAUGCUUGCCACUGCCCCUGAAAUCCCAGAGUCCUUUGCAAGCAUGGGGGUCAUCCCUCCAGAGGAGAGAAAAGCUCCUGCCAUGCACACAAGAAGUUCUGCACAGAGAAAAACAUCAUCUUCGAAUGCCGUCAGCACUGUGUAUCGGAACACUCGAUCCGCGACAUCUGGGGGACAUCACCAUUACCACAAGCUGGGGUAUGAUUCAUCUUCAAGACAUCACAGGGGCUUGUCUUCAAGAGAGAACAAGCGACUUCAGAAACAUGAGAAAGAGAGAGAGCUUAAAUAUCGUUCCUCGUCGGAGCUCAAGAGUAUUCCUAAAGAAGAGACAUUAGCAAAGGACUCAAACUUGAGAUCGGUUAUUGCGGACAUUAACGUCAAGCAAUCUUCAAGUGGUGAUGAUUUAUCAUCAACACCAACAAACUUUUCCUGUAGUUCUCUCCUCUCCAGUAUGGCCAUGGAGAGUCAACGUCAUCAGGUAGCUGCCAGCUUAGCAACUUUGUCAUCUUCCAGCUUACCAAUCAUGCAGCACGCUGAGGCAUCUCCUCUGAAGAGGCCUUCAGAGGGCAAAGUUGAUGUUCCGGAGAAGCGACUUUGCAGGAACGAUGACACUAUUGAAGUAUUAGAAUCUUACGGUGAAUCAUCUAGGCCUUCGUCUAAUCCGUCUUCCAUGUCACUUCUUACAGCCAUCUCGUGUUCCAAUUCUCCACAUUUGCAAAUGUCCCAGUCAACCACUGAGAACACUCCAGAUGCAAAGACCAAACUCCUGACGAGCGUCAAAUCUCCAAUGAAUGUGGUCAAGCAGGGCCACCACACAAGAACACUGGCCCAGAUCAAGGCUCAGACCCAGGCUCGAGUGCAAGCCCACGGGCAGACACGUACACUUGCGCAAAUAAAAAAACAAACAACGGCAAAAUUGUUAGCUCGAUCUGUCGCACAGGCUGAAGCUCAGUCGCAAGCAAAGGUGACGGGUCAUGUACCGACAAUUCUUGGUCGACCGCGAUCGCAACAUUGGAACACUUUAAAUGCAGUUAAUCCAGUGUCUGCAUUAUCAACAUCAGUUGCCUCCAGUAGCAGUGUCAUACAGGCAUCCUCUCAGGAUAUGGUCAAACAGCAACUACAAAACAAUGUUUUACACGUGGCUGUGUCAAAUCAACAAGUUGUUCAGACCAUACCGUCGUUUUACAUUAAGGCACAGCCUGGAAGCGGAUCGGUCAGUGUUGUGUACGUGACUCAACCUGAUGCGGUGACCCUGGUACCUGCUUCUGCCGCCGCUCUCCAACAAAUGAACAAUAAGAGCCCGAGUCCAGCAAAGCAAGUGCUGACCCCUCAGACGUCCUCCAGUCAAAAGGUUCUUCAAAUGUUACCACAACCCACGGACUUACCCAUCUCUAAUGCUGCAAAUUUUCCCCAACGUCCGAAGUCAAUCAGCUCCAUUUUGAAUAUGCGGAAUGCGGAAUCACAAAAAAACAAUGCGUCGUUGACUAAGAAAGUCAAGAGUGAGGACGGGACGGGUAAAGUCCUCCCAAACGGUACCUGUUUGGGAGUCUCGAAUGCAAUCGAACCCUCGUUGAGUCAGUCCACCUCCAAAACGCAGUCCACAGAAUUGAACUUCUCUGUGCUAUCCGGAGGGAACACAGCUGCAUUCCUAGAGAACAAGGUGAGCAUUUCAGCUCAUCAGCCGUUGCCGACAAUGGUCCUUGGGGCGCAAGCCGUACCUGCAGACACGAUCAAACUGUUGGCCAAGGGUAACGUCCAAUUGGAUCCCUUUUCAUGUCGUCCGACACCAGGAGUUGUAUUACAACGAGUGGACAUGCCUGCCAAUGGGCGGGAGAGUGGAGAUAGUUUGGAUGUUUCACCGGGCAAGUGCUCCUGUCGUCUGGGUGCUAUGGUUAUCUGCAAGGGGUGUGGGGCAUUCUGUCAUGAUGAUUGUAUAAGUUCAACGAGCCUAUGUAUGGCUUGUGUUGUAAGGUAACUUCUAUUGUAACCAUUGCGGUAACGAGGUAGCUUUACUUUGAUGGUUGUCAACGUCUAGCUCUCCAUGCUAGCUUGGCAGUGUAACGUGUUGGUUUAAACAGCCCUGUUCAUGAAAUGUAAAACAGCUCUCCAUGCUAGCUUGGCGGUGUAACGUGUUGGUUUAAACAGCCCUGUUCAUGAAAUGUAAAACACUCAAAAUUAUACAGAAUAAAAACAUUCAUACCGAGUACAUUCUCGGGCCUGGAAUUUCAUCUUUGAGAGGGCAAGGCCAUUUUCAUUUUGCAAAGGCCUUUUCUUCUGGAAAAUCUUGAUUAAAGUUUAUGGGAAACUUUUGAGGCAUGAAAUAAUUCCAGACACGAAGUCUACAUACAUUCCAAAUUUACCAUUUGGUUUUGAUAUGCAACUUUUCUUAAAGUUAAUGCAUCGAACAAAAUUUCUAAUAAUUAGGAUACUCUACAAAUCCUAAAUACAUUUUACUGAUAAUUCGGCUGUAUGAACGUUCAACAAACCUUGCAUGCGACGCCAUUUGAGUGGGGCUCCCUCGCCUGUUGUUCAUUGGACAAACCUGUGAGCUCCUGCGUACAAUUCUGCGCAUUUCCAUUGUUUUGUUAUCAUUUUAUUGCGUCAAUGCAAAAGGUGUAUUAUGACAGAGCAGCAGGAAAUUUGACAUUCAACUAAAUUUAAAACUUAACAAGAUAAAAAGAAUGCUUAAUUCUAUGCACGGAGAGGUUUUUUUUGUAAAUACCAAACUGCUUUGUGUAAUACUGUAAAUACACUACUUGUAUAGUUGAUAACGUUUACCAUUUACUUAAUCCUCAAUAAACUUAAGGCACUGGACACCUUUGGUAUUUGUUAAAGACCAGUGCUAUUCCAACAUAAACAUAAAAUUACAACCACAUGAACAUUUUUGCUCAAUUGGGCAUCAAGUUGCAAUAGAAUAAUGUAAGACAAACCACCUAAGUUGUUGCACAAACUUGUAUGCUUUCAGAUGCUAGAGUAAGGCUCAAGGCCUGAAGUCAUUCUCAGAUUAAACAAUUUUAGUGAGAAAUUUACCUUUUUCUCUUUGAACAUUUUAAGGGGCACCAAGGCCAAGAAUUGGGAGGCAAUUGCCUCCGGUGCCCUGUAUUUCAGAGAGGUACCACACUGUUACAUUCAGUUGGGCAUACAACUCGCCCAUUUAACACUAUAAAAUAUUGGUGAUGGGUAGAAAGUAUUUUUUUAAGGUGGGUCCUUUUCGGUUGGUACAGAGCAAGGUAUGAUUAUGAAAAAACAUUUAAGAUUUUUUUUCUUUACAUGUUUGUUUUUAUUUUUGAUUCAAGCAUUACUUUUUUUUGCUGAGUAAGUUUUUUGUGCUUACUACAAGCUCUAUGAUAGAGGAACAAUCCGGGCCCAUUAUCGCACAGCUGCAACCUUGUACAGUACCUUGUUGGUUUUAAUAGGUGGUUUAAGAUUCUGUCACCACUCUUAGAGUAGGAAUUCUUUGGACCCACUUGUCCCUUCUUGAUCAACUAAUCAGUCGCCAAACAAACUGCUAAUAAAUGAGGAUCUAAACUUUUGUUUGAAUGUUAAUUCUUGUUAAGUUCUUAGUUUUUGAUAAAAAAUAUCCACUACUGGUAUCAUGAUAAAUUAUCAGUUUAAUACCUAAUUUAGUAUUUAUUUUCAAUUGUUUCUUCCUUGUUUAAAACAUAAUAUCCCGUUUCAACCAUGUAAAACGCUGUGGAAGUUUACAAUAGAUAAUUGUUUAAAAUCAAAUCAAAGUCAUUUUGUGAAAUAAAGUUUAGUACAUGGCCCAAUUUCAUAAAGCCGUUUA